AUGUACCUAAACAAACGGCUUGCCGAUUUCGAAAACCGACUCCAAGACCCGAUCUGGACGACGAGUCGAGGCGGCAAGAAGACGGCGGCGAGCGUUGUCCUCACCGCCUGCCGCAAGAUUCAGCAGAGACUCAGCUCGAGGAGGGGCAACAGGGGCCGACCGCGAACCUUGGGACCUCAAGGGCCUACGGCGGUGGAGAGAGCCGCGGGCACGGUCAUGCGCUGGACGGGGGGAACCGUUGAUACGAACAGGGUAGUAGAAGAGGCUUGGAAAGCCAGGUGGUUAAAGGAACGGGACGGCAGGGCAAUCACCAGGCCGGCGGACGACUUUGACCAUCAGCAGGAGACGCUAUUCCGGAACGAAACCCUAAGGAGGCACGACGGUCUCAGCAAGGCAAAGAGCUCACUGCUGAUUCAAAUCCGGACGGGAGCAAUAGGCUUACGGGACUUCUUGUUUACACGGGGAGUCCCGGAGGUUCUGACUCCUGCCUGCGAGUGUGGCGAGGGACGAGAGACUGCCGAACACCUGGUAGUAUGGUGUUUGGCCCCACCGUUGACUAGAAGAUGGGAGAGAACUGGAAUUCGGACACGACGGGACUUUUACUCUGUUCUACACGGCAUCAAUCCCACGACAUGCACGGCUCGCGAGGAGAGUUCUCGACUGGCUGAUGGACUCGGGGAAGCUGCCGAUGUACAACUUAGCCAGGAGGCUCGAGCUGGAAGCGGCGGCCUGAAGCGCCCCCGUUCGGAGGCCAGGAGGCCUCCUCUCUUUGUAUAUGUGGGCUCACUAAAACGCAUCGCUCCUUGA